CGGAGAAAUCGAUCGUUCAGGAAGCUUAAUCGAGCUCUGCGUAAAGGAACAGCAAUCAUGGCUUUGAGGCGAGCUUUACAUUUUGUUUUUAAAGUCGGGGACCGAACUAAAACUGCCACGUUCUACCGGGACGUCCUGGGCAUGAAGAUUUUGCGACACGAAGAGUUCGAGGAAGGCUGCAAAGCAACUUGCAACGGCCCCUAUGAUGGAAAAUGGAGCAAGACAAUGGUUGGCUUUGGUCCGGAAGACGACCACUUUGUGGCGGAGCUCACGUACAACUACGGGGUGGGAGAGUAUCAGCUGGGCAACGACUUUUUGGGCCUCACCCUGCAAUCCAGCCAAGCAGUGAGCAACGCCAAGCGCCUUGGGUGGCCCCUGACUCAGGUGGAGGAAGCUGUGUAUUUAAUCCAGGCUCCUGGAGGAUAUCCUUUCUACAUUCUAGACAAACAGCAGCCUUCCCACGACCCUGUCCAGAAGGUUUGCCUUGGCGUGUCGGACCUCCAGAGAUCCACCCGCUACUGGGCCACUCUGUUGGGAAUGACGGUGAUGGACGAGAGUCGGGACGAAAACACUGUGCUGUUGGGUUACUCUGACUCUCAGUGUAAGCUCGAGCUUCGGGACACUGGCGGGAAGGUCGAUCACGGAACGGCGUUUGGGAGGAUGGCGUUUUCGUGUCCACGCGAGCAGCUGCCCGAUAUUGAAGCCUUGAUGAAAAAGGAAAAAGAAAAAAUUCUCAACCCACUGGUCAGCCUGGACACCCCUGGGAAAGCCACGGUCGAAGUUGUUAUUUUAGCCGACCCCGACGGGCAUGAAAUUUGUUUUGUGGGAGACGAGGCGUUCAGGCAGCUGUCUGCUGUGGAUCCCAGAGGAAACGAACUGCUUGAUAAGGCUAUGGCGGAAGAUAAAAGCAAUGAGUGGUUCGCCAAAAAGAAAAUGCAAAAGCCUGCAGCCUGAGACGGAGGCGUUCUGUGGCAAUAACUGCGGACCAACAGUGAUGAGAUUCCGAACAAGGCACCUGUAGAGAAAAAUGUUUCAUAAUGUCAUUUCAGUUCCGCUUUCACAGAAAGUCAGUUUCCCAAAAAGGGAAGAUAUGAAUAAAAAUAUGAAAACGUGUGGUGUACAUUUGUAAUUAUCUUGUCAGUUUGAUGUCCCAAAAAUAAAAUAAGAUUAAAUAAACCAGUUAUAUGUCC